AUGAACGGAAGUACGAACCCGCUGCUGGACAAAGAAGAGCAUGUUUUGAAGCUCGGCGAAAGCUUUGAGAAAAGGCCAAAGUCCUCCUUUCACACCAUCAGAUAUGACUUCAAACCGGCGUCCAUUGACACGAGCUGCGAAGGAGAACUGCACGUUGGCAAAGGAGAUGAAGUCACCAUCACGCUGCCUCACAUUCCGGGCUCCACGCCGCCCAUGACUGUAUUCAAAGGCAACAAGCGACAAUACCAGAAGGACUGCGUGCUCAUCAUCAAUCACGACACUGGCGCCUUCGUGCUGGAGAAGCUCAGCAGCAGCAUCCAGGUCAAGAAAACCAGAGCGGAAGGCAGUAGUAAGAUUCAAGCCCGCAUCGAGCAGCAGGCGGUGCGGACCAACCAGGCGGGGCCUCAGUUUCGGGCGCCGACAAAGCCGGGCAUAUCCGCCAAGACGUCGCCCUCGCCCUCCAAGGACGACCCCUCGCCCGAACCGCAGCUGGACGACAUCAAGAGAGAGCUGCGAGCCGAAGUAGACGUAAUCGAGCAGAUGAGCAGCAGCGGUAGCAGCAGCUCGUCCGGCUCGGCCGCUGCCUCGCCCGCCGCCGGCGACAGCAGCGACGACGGCGAGCGCCCGUCGGGCCCUGUCCCGUCUCCGACCCCCGCCCGCCACACCCUUGCAAACGGUGGUGGCGAACGGCAACCGCCCGCUAACCACCAGCUCAUUAACACGCUCAGAAGCGAUCUUCAACUGAGCGAGUCGGGCAGCGACAGCGACGACGACUAA